AUGUUCAGGAGUAGAGACCAGCUGCAUCACAGCAACUUCACCAACCACCACAACUCUGGCUCCAACAACUACAACUGCAGCAGCAACCACUACAACUCUGGCUCCAACAACCACAACUGCUACUCCCUCCACCACAACUUCUUCUCCGACAACCACAACCGCAGCACCAACCACCACAACUCUGGCUCCAACAACCACAACUGCUACUCCCUCCACCACAACUUCUUCUCCGACAACCACAACCGCAGCACCAACCACCACAACUCUGGCUCCAACCACCACAACUGCUGCUUCCUCCACCACAACUUCAGCUCCAACCACCACGACUACUCAACCAACUACUACAACUUUGGCUCCGUCAACCACAACUGCUGCUCCAACAACCACAACUACUAUACCCCCCACAACAACUUCUGCUCCAACAACCACAACUGCAGCAGCAACCACCACAUCUUCAGCUUCUACAACAACAACAACUGCUCAACCAACACCAACCACCACAACUCUGGCUCCAACAACUACAACUGCAGCAGCAACCACUACAACUCUGGCUCCAACAACCACAACUGCUACUCCCUCCACCACAACUUCUUCUCCGACAACCACAACCGCAGCACCAACCACCACAACUCUGGCUCCAACAACCACAACUGCUACUCCCUCCACCACAACUUCUUCUCUGACAACCACAACCGCAGCACCAACCACCACAACUCUGGGUCCAACCACCACAACUGCUGCUUCCUCCACCACAACUUCAGCUCCAACCACCACGACUACUCAACCAACUACUACAACUUUGGCUCCGUCAACCACAACUGUUGCUCCAACAACCACAACUCACCCAACCACCACAACUCUGGCUCCAACCACCACAACUGCUGCUUCCUCCACCACAACUUCAGCUCCAACCACCACGACUACUCAACCAACUACUACAACUUUGGCUCCGUCAACCACAACUGCUGCUCCAACAACCACAACUACUAUACCCCCCACAACAACUUCUGCUCCAACAACCACAACUGCAGCAGCAACCACCACAUCUUCAGCUUCUACAACAACAACAACUGCUCAACCAAGUACAACUGGGACAACCACAACUGCUACCCCCUCCAUCACAACUAUGGCUCCAACAACCACAACUGCUGCUCCCUCCACCACAACUUUGUCUCCAACAACCACAACUGCAGUACCAACCACCACAUCUGUGACUCCAACAACCACAACUGCUGCUCCCUCCACCACAACUUUGUCUCCAACAACCACAACUGCAGAACCAACCACUACAACUAUGGCUCCAACAACUACAACUGCUGCCUCCUCCACCACAACUUCUCCGACAACCACAACCGCAGCACCAACCACCACAACUCUGGCUCCAACAACUACAACUGCAGCAGCAACCACUACAACUCUGGCUCCAACAACCACAACUGCUACUCCCUCCACCACAACUUCUUCUCCGACAACCACAACCGCAGCACCAACCACCACAACUCUGGCUCCAACAACCACAACUGCUACUCCCUCCACCACAACUUCUUCUCUGACAACCACAACCGCAGCACCAACCACCACAACUCUGGGUCCAACCACCACAACUGCUGCUUCCUCCACCACAACUUCAGCUCCAACCACCACGACUACUCAACCAACUACUACAACUUUGGCUCCGUCAACCACAACUUCUGCUCCAACAACCACAACUGCAGCAGCAACCACCACAACUGUGGCUUCAACAACCACAACUGCUGCUCCCUCCAUCACAUCUUCAGCUUCUACAACAACAACAACUGCUCAACCAAGUACAACUGGGACAACCACAACUGCUACUCUCUCCACAACAACUUCGGCUCCAACAACCACAACUGCAGCAGCAACCACCACAACUGUGGCUCCAACAACUACAACUGCUGCCUCUUCCACCACAAAUUCUUCUCCGUCAACCACAACCACAGCACCAACAACAACAACAACUAUGGCUCCAACCACCACAACUGCUGCUCGCACCACCACAACUUCGGCUCCAACCACCACAACUCCAACAACCGCAACUACUGCCCCAACAACAAAAUCUACACCUACUACUACAAUCAUAAAGCCAGUCUCAAAACCUACAGCUACUACUAGAACCACAACCAGUAGUGCAUCUCAGUUCAAAUUAGGUCUACUCCAUCUGCUUGUUGGACUGUUUAUUUUUAUUCUCUAACAGAUAAACUAAAAUAAAUAAAAUGUUCAUGUGUUUUAUGUCUUAAUUAACUUUAUUUAACAUGAAGGGAUUGUAUACAAAAAGAAAGCUUUCAAAUCAAUGCAAUGGUCUAUCUUUGCCCUUGACAUACAGUAAUAUUAUUUUCAGCAAAUAUUUAAAUGUAAUAUAAAUUAAGGAUAUUUAUCAAACCUGUUAUUUUUUAUUUCUUUCUUGUUUGUGUGUUUCUAUAAAUUGAGUUAUGCAUAAGCAAAUUCAACAUCUUGGUUACUUUUUGAUGCAAAUGAAUGUUUCAAAUUUUCAUCUUUGCCGCUUUAUAAAAAUUACACCCUGUAAAGAAGUUGUAUUUUACCUUUAAGUAUUGUCAGUAAUUCAUAUUUCUGAUGAAUUUGAGAUUACAGAUCAACUCUAAACAAGAUAUUUGAUGUCAUGGAACUUUUUUUUUUUACUAUCUUCCCUUUUCUAAAGGAUUUGCGCCGUUUAAUAACAUCAUGCCACAUUUUCCCACAUGUUUAUGUGGGGAUCAUCAAGCUUUUGUUUUGUUUAAUUUUCUGAUCUUUUUUUCUAGGUGUAAAUGCAUCUGUUCAUCCAUUUUCUAGUAAUUCUAGUUACUUUGGUGACUGUCUCCAGUUGUCAAUGGCUAAGAGGUAGAUGACAAUCCUCAACAUGUCAUAAAUCCAUCAAAGGACACAAUGAGGCAAUUGUCAGUAAUCGGCCUAACAUAUUUUUGUAAAGUAUGAGGGAACCAGAGUACCCUGUGAUAACCCGCAAAGACGUAAGAAAGACAUAUAUAAUCUAUGCAAAAAGAACCCAGGUGAGACAUGUGUAAUUAUUUUUUUUUUUUGCCUUGGCUUAUGAUUCUACACAAUUCCUUAGAAAUUUAAUCUGUUUUUUACAGCAGCUGGUUGAUCUGUUUUGUCUGAGGUAAGAGGAGGGUCCGAAGAGUCUGACAAGUGUAUUGAAUUUUGUUGUAUUUACAGAUAAUACAGUAUAAUUUUUUGUUCUGAUAAGUUAAAGCAGCUUUUGGAGGUUGGUGGUUUGUUUGACAGGAAUAAAUAAUAUUUAAAUUGAUCUAAAACCAAAUUUAUGUUGUUUACAAAUCCAGAAAUGAAUACAACUGUUAAACUGGAAAUUGAUAAUAUAUUAAUUGUCAGUCUUUGAAAAUAUAUUUCUAGGAGUAGUUUUGGACCACAAGCUCUGCUGGAAACCCCAUAUUAAACACUAAUAUCUUGAACAACAAAACUUUGUGUAAUCUUUACUUUAUCAUGUCACAACCAUAUUUAGAUUAUUAUGUUGAAGUCUGGGGUAACACAUGCAAAGGUUAUCAACAAAAAUCUGCAGAAG